AUGUCUGUUGAAGUUAAAAAAGAGGUGCCAAGUGAAAACCAACUUUUACGUGAAACUAAAACUAAUAAUAGUGAUGUGUCACACCUUGUUAAUAAUGGUAAUUCCGACGUUUUAACCAAUACAGAAAACGCUAUUAAUAUUGAAGGCCAAGUUAUACCACCACAACCAGAAUUGAAAAUUAUUCGUCGGAAAAUUAAUGGGUACGUUGGUUUUGCUAACCUACCAAAACAAUGGCACAGAAAAAGUAUUCGUCGUGGAUUUUGUUUGAAUUUAUUGUGCGUUGGUCAGAGGGGGUUGGGUAAAUCCACCUUGAUCAAUACUUUGUUCAACAAAAGAUUGUAUGAUGAUGUGAAUGAUCCAUUUAGUGAAAUUGAACUAGAAAAAGAUAUUGCCAGGAAAUUGCAGAACAUUUCUAUUGAUGAUGACCCUAAUGGUGUUGUUAAUACCAAUGAUAAUAAAGUUGCUAUCAAAGCUUUGUCUACGGAAAUUGAAGAAAAUGGCGUUAAAUUGAAAUUAACUGUUAUUGAUACUCCUGGGUUUGGUGAUUCCAUUGAUAAUUCCGACUCUUGGAAACCUAUUGUGAAGGAAAUAGACUCCAGGUUUGAUCAAUACUUGGAUGCCGAAAAUAGAAUUAAUAGAACACCGUUGGGUAGUAGAGAAGAUCCCAGGGUCCAUGCUUGUUUAUAUUUUAUUGAGCCUACUGUACAUGGGUUAAGGUCAUUGGAUAUCGAGUUUUGUACACAAGUGUAUUCUAAAUGUAACUUGAUUCCCAUUAUCGCCAAGUCAGAUAUUCUAACUGAUGAAGAAAUUGAGCAUUUCAAGAAAAUUAUUAUGAUCCAAUUGAACGAAGCUGGUGUUGAAUUAUUCCAGCCCCCAAUCUAUGAAAAAAGUGAUGAUAUCGAAACGGUAAAUUCUACCAAAAACCUUAUUGACAAGUAUCCAUUUGCAGUUACUGCAUCUAUUGAUUUGGUUCAGGCUUUGGAUGGUAGAGUAGUUAGAGGUCGUGCUUAUCCAUGGGGUUGCAUCGAAAUUGAUAAUGCUUCUCAUUCUGAUUUCAUCUAUUUAAGUGAUUUAUUAAUUAGGCAAUAUAUGGAAGAAUUACGUGAGAAAACAAAUAAUGUUUUAUAUGAAAACUAUAGAUCCAAUAAGUUGUUUGCUUUGGGUAUAAAACAAGACAAUAGUGUGUUUAGAGAAUACGACCCAGCUACCAGAUCUAUAGAAGAAAGGAAAUUACAUGAAGCUAAAUUAGCCAAACUAGAAUCUGAAAUGAAGUCUGUUUUUCAACAAAAGGUUUCAGAAAAGGAGAAAAAAUUGCAAAAAUCUGAAGCUGAAUUAUUUGCAAGACAUAAGGAGAUGAAGGAAAAAUUAACUAAACAAUUGAAAGCUUUGGAAGAGAAAAAGAAUCAAUUAGAACAUUCAAUGGUUAAUGCUGCCUCUGUGUCAGCUUCCUCACAGCCUACAAAAAAAAAGGGAUUUUUACGUUAG